AUGGCUCGUCUGGAACAGGUCAUCAUAAGCAUUGUGGAUAUAUUUAUGGAGUAUGCUGAUGAUGAAGGCAAGAAACGCAAGUUAAACAAGGAGGAAUUGAAGAAGUUGUUCGAGAAGGAAAUACAAAGCGAUGAGUUAAAAGGGAAAAUCAAUACAGAUGAUGUUGAGGAAGCCAUGAAGAUGUUGGAUAAGAACCAAGAUGGCGAAGUCAACUUCCGAGAGUUCUGCAGGUGUGUGUCUGCCCUGGCCAGAAGUUACUACCAAAGCAAGAAAGGCAAAGGUGGCAAGAAAGGCAAGGAAGCUGAACCACAGUAAAGAUUACCUACAAACCCUUAAAUUGUUUGUACAAUCAUAAUGUUUUUAAAAAUAUGUUAUACAUCUUGCAUGUAUGCACAGUAAAUGUUAUAUCAAAG